AAUGUUACGCUAAUCAUCACAAAAGAUUAAAGUGGCUUCAUUGCAUUGUCUCCACUCUGUGACCACUACAAUAACCGGAUGAGGAUUGAUUCGCUUACUACUUGUUUCGAUGAAGAAAUGAUAAGUCUGUAUCAAAAUCUCUUUAGCAUUGCUCUCUGUCUUCAAAAAGAGGAGUCUGGUGAUGGUUCCGACACACCACUAUCUGCACGUUUCCCUGGAGCUCCCAUGAAGCUUGCCAGGUAUCCGAGAAACAUCGACCCAGGGUUCCAAAGAAAGCUCUUCCGACGUUGCUUUUUAGUUUUUGAUUUAUUUUGCAACAAUUAGUUAUCUCUGUGCAGAGAUCUUGUAAUAAAAU